UAGGAAAUGAAGGUCGUGAGUAAUAUGGCGGCCCUUGGUAUUAUAAAGUACGUUAGGACUACAUUUUGUGCGGUUCAGUGUGCUCUGACCAGAAACACUUUACCUGUACGGUUGUCUAGUUUACCCCAAUUAUCUUUUUUCGGUUGUACACCUAAUCGUGGAAUUCGGCAAGUGGUGGAGAAGCAAGAGGGUAAAACAACUGUGAUUGAGGGUGUGACGGUGCCCACACCAGAGAGCCCCCAGCCUCCUAAUCCAACUGCCAAGUGUCCUAUUUACCAAUGGAACCUACAGAACAAGUACACGUACACGGAUGUGCUGCUGCUCAGUCAGUUCAUUCGUUCAGACGGAGGGAUGUUGCCGAGGCGUAUUACGGGCCUUUGUGCUCAAGAACACAACAAGAUUGCCAUUUGUGUGCAGAUGGCCCACCGUGCAGGUCUACUCCCAAAUCACAGACCACGCCUUCCUGAAGGCCACACUCCAAAGCCCAAACCCAACCCCCCACUCAAUCGGUACCUCACACGUUACUCUUUGAAAUCUGUGAAGCCCAUCUAUAGGAAAGGAUUGAAGUGGUGUAAGGUUCGUAUGCCUGUGGGACACCCUGCUUUAAAGAACAAUGUCAGAUACAGCCUCAAGCCAAUCUACACAAAGCACUGAUGUGCCCAAACAGCAGUGACAUCAUAGAUGGGACCCACUGGCAUCUUCAAAGUGACAAGAACUUCCACACUUUGAUUCUUCAUGGCUCUCCUUCAUGGUCCUCCUCCCUUGAUGGACUGAUGUUCAGGUGUAAGGUUGCUGUCUGCUGGAACCAGAACAUAACAGAACCUGUUGAGCAUUACAUUUGGAAAGACUGGCAUAAUGCCCUAGAAAUUAACUAUUUUGUUGUUUUUUUAUUUAGUCAAGGCUAAUGUUAAAAUUUCAUUUCUAAUGGUAUAAUGGCCCAGCAGAUGUCCCAAAUAAUAAAUUGUUUUUCUCUAUA